AUGGACGGCUCUAAGGAAGGUGUUGAGUCUACGGGAGGGAAUAGCGUUGUUGGUCAAGCCUCUUAUAAUAAUUCGGAGUAUAUUCAAUCAAAUUACACGCAAAACCCGAAUACCACCCAAACUGCCUUUACAACGGGAACUGGUUACCCUGCAUAUUAUGGAUAUGGUACAUAUACUGCAUACAAUUAUGGCGAUACAUCGAUAUCCGGGGUGGCGGCAGCUCAUACCAUAGGAGAUUCCUCCGUAACACCAAUGCUAGCAACAUCGGUACCAACGAUGGGUCCCAUAUCGCAAUCAAUAGGAACUCAGCCACAUUUAUUAUCUCAAAACAUUGCUUUAUCGACGGAAAAACAGUUAGAGAGCGUACAGCGCUGCCAUAUGCAUAAAAAACCUGAUCUAAACUGCAAAUUCUGUAGAAAGUAUAAGUCAGCAGUGCACGAAUUGAGCCGUUUAACAUCACAGAUCAACAAUCAAGAACCCGUAGAGAAACCUGAUCAGCUACCAAUGACCAAUUCGAGCACUUACAACCUGAACACCGUGCUAUUGACCAACAUAUUAAAUUCAGAUUAUUACAAAUCUUUGUCAACAAUGACUUCACAUCUCGAUGUGAUUAGCGAACUGGCACAGUAUGCAGACCAUGCAGAACCAUAUUGCAGCACAGCUACACGGGCACCAUCAACAUUAUUCUGCUGUCUACACAAACUGUUUACAUUACGACUAACUGAAAAACAAAUGGAAGAUCUAGUAGAUUGUACUAAAUCACCAUAUCCACGUUGUUGCGGGUUCUUAUAUCUAAGAUUCGUACUGCCGUCAGACCAGCUAUGGGUCUGGUUCGAACCUUACUUGAUGGAUGAUGAAUCGUUUGUUGUGAGCGUUAAUCCAACUCGAAAAACGACAAUAGGAGAAUUCUGCGAACGACUAUUGGUAGCAGACAAGUACUUCAAUACCGUACUACCACGACUACCAGUACGAUUCAAAAAUCGAUAUGGCCCUCAUUUAUGCAGCAUGAGCGAACAUCGACGACGGAGAGUUAGAAACCUAGAAAAUAUAGACGACUUUGUACCAGACAAAACUGCAUAUGCAUUUAUUCACGGUGAAUGGGUCGAGGGUAAAAUCGAGAGCGUUGCAAUGGACUAUCCUACAGUGACACUGAUAAUGAGCGAUGGAGAGAAGGAGAGCGUUGACAUAGGCUAUGUAUCUCUUACUAAGAUUGGACAAUCGGAUUCUAAGCGUCAUCGUGAGUCUGAUUUUCGGGGGAGCAGCAGAUCAAAAGCCAGUGAGAGCCCUAAGGAAUUCAAGAAUUCAAAAGAUGCUCUAUUGCGCGAAUUUAAACGAAGAGAAAGCGAAAGGGCAUUGGCUGUGGGCAAGGAUUAUGCCAAACGACCCACGUCAUUCAAAACAUCACUAUCGUCAAAAAUGGAUAACAAGCAUGGACGACUCACGUCUUGCAGCAAUACGCCACGUUGCCAGGGCGGUUAUCCGCUUCGUAUAGAGGUAGCAUUGGGAGAAGACACAAGCAAGGUCGAGCAACAAGAACUGAACCCGGAAUUCAUACGUAAGAUGCUACAACGCAUGGACUAUGGAGUACUGGUAGAGGCUGCGCGCUCGGUUGGAUUGGAACUGCCCGAUAGCUAUAGUGAUGCUGAUCUGGAGUCAGACACGUUCAUCUCACAGGUUCAUCGCUGUAUACUUGAGUUCCACGUUGUUAAGGGGACGCUAACGUGCCCAAAAUGUGACAGAGUAUACGAUAUCGACAACGGAAUCCCGAACAUGCUCCAUACCGACGCCAAAGAGUAA